AUGUCAGGAAACACUAUCUUAUGCAAAUGUUUAGUUUGUUUAAAUCAAAAUAUAAGUGGUGUAAUAGUAAGUUUUAGCACUUUUUAUCGUCAUCGAAAAAAUCAACAAGAAUUUUUAGAUGUAGAAGAAACAAAUAUAAUUUAUGAUGAGCAAACUAUGGAAGAUAUACAACAAGAUAUAUAUCAAGAAGAGCAAACUAUGGAAGAUAUACAACAAGAUAUAUAUCAAGAAGAAAAUGAAGAUCUACAAGAGAAUCAACUAGAUAUA